GAAGCCAUGUUUCAACACCAUUCCGCCUUCCUUCACGUGUUCAACUAUCUGAUCACCAUCAAUGUGAACAUGUUAUCUCUCCUGCUUGGAAUCCCUAUCACUAGGGCUUGAGGUAAUGGAUGCUUCAGACUUUCAAGUUGUCGCUUUCGAUGAGAUCAAGGCUAUUCACAAGUAUACUCGUGACACUGGUCGAGUUGAUCCAAAUGUCCUCCCAUUUGGUCGGCUUCCUUAUGAUCUCAAAGUUCUCCACUUCUAUUUAACUCGAGUGUUCCUCCCUUGCUCCUAUGGUCACGCCACCAUUCAUCCAACUGACCUGUGGAUUCUUGCUAGUGCCAAAGAAAAUCAUGCUAUAAGUUAUCCUCGCCUCAUGUUUGGUCACAUGGUAACCUACUAUGAUGACAAUUACAAGGGAGACCUUCCAUUUUCUCCUCAAAUAACUCUCUUGCUGCAAGCUCUCGGCGGUGAUCUGCGCUACAAAGUCUAUCGUGUGGACUUAAUUGAUCGUUUGCUCUCUCAGUUCGUGCUUCGCAAGGUUGAUGCAUCCGUGGGCCGCCGUCGUCCUCGGGUUAAUGCUCCCAGGGGAGAAAGGGUUGCCAAUGUAGUUCCUCCACUUGAGGAUGGACUAAGUCUUACUUAUCUGGUUGAUGAUGAUACAACAAGCUCAAGUGGGGUUAGGAAGGUUCCAGCUGAUGACAAGGAGGCUGAUGACAACGAUGAGGAAGAUGUCGGCCAUCUCAGACUAUAUGCCCUCCCCAACCUAUCCGUUUUAAAAUCAUGUUACUAGACUGAGGGGGAGUCAUUCCGAGGAGGAUUUCAGUCAGUAGUUCUCGUGUCAAGGUCGAAUAAAGUUCUGCCUCGGCAGAAUGUUGAUUGGUCUAGUCAAUUGUUUCUCUUUUUGUGUUCGAGUCAGUUGUAUUUUUUGGUUGAGUUUGGGUUCCUUGGAGUUCGAUGGUUGCACCUGGUUUCUAUUGAAAUAAAAUUAUGAUUGUGACAGUCAUACCAUAUUAUUGUGGGAGUUAUAUUAACAACUAUGUGUAUGGAACACUCUGCACGUAAUGGUUUGCUAAGUGUGUGUAGGAACCACAUAUGCAGCAAGAAGGGAUCAUUAACUGGCUUAGGGGGAGAUUGUUGAAGGGAAGCCAGUCAAUGUUAUAAUGGGCUGAAGCAAACAAAGAAAGAAAGAUCAAAUAUUUUGGAUCACAGUCAGACAAGGAAAAACUGAAAAGUUUUCAAAUUGGAGAAGAAGCUUCCAUGCUUGUGGCUAAUGGCCAUAUGAAGAAUUGGAAUGCUGCUCAAUCUGAUGGAGUUUCCAUAAUCAUGGCUAACGACUAUCUCUAAUUCAUUAUAAGAGAAGCAACUCGAGGUAGAAGGAGGCAACUUUUCAGGCGAUCAAUAUACAGAGAGCUAAGGAAUUUGCUAGUAGUAUUUUCUGAAAAGGGUCUCUAAAAUGUAUUUCAGGGAGAAGUAGUAUUAGCGAGUGAGCGUUGGAUUAUGCUGUAGUUGGAUAACGGGGAAAGUUUAUAUUGGGUAGCUAUCAAUCUCUGGAAAGAGGGUUGAUCAAAGUGUUGACAAUCCAAUCUUGUUCAAAGCUGAAACAGACAACAUUAUAGUGAAUCGCCGGACACAACACCACCAUGGUUACCCGGCCGUGGACUAGUCGGUAGCACAAUUUGCCUACCAGAAACCACGUAAAAAUAUCGCAUCUCGUUUUGCUUUCAGUCUUUUACUUUAUUUAGUUUAUGCACUCUGUUUUUCUGGGUAAACUGCAGGGGAUCUUGACGAACAGGUCAAAGGAAGAAGAAGGCUAGCUUACGGCAAAAUGGCGGAGUCGUUUAAGCCCUUCCGACUAUUAUCAAGCCUUCACGUAAUCAGAAUUGCUUGGUUUGGGCCGUUCGUGGAGAAAUCAAACACUACGCCCAAGUGAAGAAUAAACUAAAGCCUGGGUUUCAUUUCGCCUCAUCCCUCUACCACUUAACAUUUUCGGAUCUAAACAGUUUUUUCACAUUCCUCUGUUUCAUCGUCACAUUUACAUUUCGAAUUAGGGUGCUAGCAAAAGCGUUGUAUUUCCGGUCGAGAAAAGGGAAGCGUGUGAAGGAAUCUCACGCUCGAUUCCACUAACAGUAACAUCCCAAAAAAAAUUCAAUCAAAACAUUGUUCGGCUUCGGGGUGCACAUCAUGCUCGGUAAGUUACCUAUCCUUACACUGCUCCAUGGGACAUUUAACUUCGGAUUUCUUACAAUAACUCUUUAAUUUCACCCCCAAAACCGCCUUGUCAAUUUAGAUUGAUUUUUUACUUAUGAAUCAUGGAUAUAUCUCGUACUUUGUUGAUAUGAGAUUUUCUUUUAGUGUUACAAUCACCACUUUUAUUACUCUUGUGUUGGUUAUUACAGCUUUUAUUAGGAGAAAUUAGGGGGGGGGGGGGGGGGGGGGGGGGGGGGGGAGAGAACUGCCAUUAUUAUGCAUCAUGUAUGGCAGGUAUUAGGGACAGUCUCCAACCAAGGACUGGGCUAGAAAUUUUUCUUUUACAAUUGAACAUCAUUCACUCACUUUUUAUUGGGUUCGAAACGAGUUUAAAACACUAUCCGUAAAAAAAAUUCAAUCAUAGUAAGAAACCAGGGACAAAAUUAGUUACUCCUAUUUUUCGUUUACUCAUCGUUUGGCUGUUUGAAGGAAUUUUUCCUCAUAAAUAAUAAUUUGAUGCUGAAAAUAAAAAAUAAAUUAUACG